UCGCUGCUGGGUAGCCAAAGAAGCCCCUGCGGACGUCAUCUGCCACUGCAGAACGUACAUGAAUCAAAGAACCUGGUGAAGAUUACCAACAUAAUGUUCUAGAGCUGUUUUGCAAGAGCAGAGGAAUACGAAAGCCAAAGAAGGGCACCCACAGCUACACAGGAUAGAUGUUUUGAAGCCUCCUGCUUGGAUUACGUUUUGUUGCUGCCUGCCACACAAAGGUUUCGUUGCUUUAUGCCAACGGGAAGAAGGAAGGAGAUUUUUUUUCACCCAUCUGCAGGAAGGGUGGUUUGGCACAGGCAUUCCUGCCCUCUAGCAGCAAGACCCAGUUGCCACUGAAUUAGAGAGACUGGCGGUCAGCAAUGCCGCUUCAAUCAGAGAUCCUCCAAGAGGUAUGGACAGCAGAUGGUGUGAAUGAAGACUCUGAGAGCCCCCGGCAGCCGAGACUUAAUAAGCAGUUACAUCCACGGGUGCAGAAGCCUAAAAAGAAACAGGAGGAGUCCACACUGGAAGCCAAACCAAAGAAACUCAGAGUGAAGAAGCCAGAGGUAUUGAGCCCCACAAGGGAGACCACUGCCCCCACUCAGGCUGCUGUCAAAAAAGUGAGAAAGAAGAAGGAGGAAAAGUCAGAAGAAGUGAAUGAGAAGGACCCAUAUGCCAAAUUCAUUAGAGAUCCCAAGAGAAAAAAGGAAAACCCAUCCACUCAUUUCAAUGUGGCCAGGAGCCAGAAAAAGAGACAAGAGGACUCUGAAGAGGAGGAAGAUGAAGAAGAGGAGGAGGAAGAGGUAGAAAGUGAAGAUCCCCCCAAAAAGCCAAAAAGAAAGGUUCAUAAAGAUAUUCCAGCUAGUGAUAGUAAGGAAAAGAAGUUCAAAAGUAAAGGAGACAAAGCUGAACCUGAUGCCAAGGCCAAAACUGCAAAGUCACUGAAGAAGGAGCCAACUUCUGUGUUCCAAGUUAAUGGGGACAAGAAAGACAAAGAUAAGAAGGUCAAAAAGAAAGUUCUGAAGAAUAAUGAGGCUGAAGAUGAAUCUGAUUCCAGCUCCAGGCCCAAAAAACCUGAGAAAAAGAAAAGCCCAGCAUCCAUGUUUCAUGCUGGGGGAGAAGGCCCUAAGGAGAAAAGAACAAUAAAGAAGGCUGCUGCCAAAACUGCUGAAAAUGAAAGUGAGGAAGACCCCCCAGCAGAAACAGCUCAGAAGAACACCAACAAGAAAGGGAAAGGAAAGAAGUCCAAAAAGAAAGAAGAGAGACCACCCUCUCCUGUCAUCGAAGUGGGCAAUCUGGAGGAAUUUGUAUUGCAACCAGCUCCUCAGGGAGUGACUAUAAAGUGUCGGGUCACUCGAGAUAAGAAAGGGAUGGAUCGGGGCCUCUAUCCUACAUACUACCUUCACCUUGAUAAUGAUAAAAAGGUUUUCCUGCUGGCUGGUCGGAAGCGCAAAAAGAGCAAGACCUCUAAUUACUUGAUUUCUGUGGAUCCAACAGACUUGACUCGAGAUGGAGGGAAUUUCAUUGGAAAGCUGAGAUCCAAUUUGAUGGGCACAAGGUUUACGGUGUUUGAUAAUGGUGUAAAUCCCGACAGAGCAACAUCCGACUGGUCAAAUGUACGCCAGGAACUCGCAGCAGUCAUUUAUGAAACAAAUGUACUGGGAUUCAAGGGGCCUCGAAAAAUGACAGUAGUCAUCCCUGGAAUGAAUUCAGACAAUGACAGGAUUCCAAUCCGACCCCGAAAUGAUAAUGAUGGACUGCUCCUGAGAUGGCAAAACAAGAUAAUGGAGAACUUAAUUGAACUGCACAACAAAUCCCCAGCAUGGAACGAUGAGACCCAGUCCUAUGUGCUGAACUUCCAUGGCAGGGUCACCCAUGCCUCCGUCAAGAAUUUCCAGAUUGUGCACAGCAAUGACCUUGACUAUAUCGUCAUGCAGUUUGGCCGGGUAUCUGAUGAUGCUUUUACCAUGGACUACAACUACCCGCUCUGUGCAGUGCAAGCUUUUGCCAUUGCUCUAUCCAGCUUUGAUGGGAAGUUGGCCUGCGAGUAGUACUCCUAGGAUCCUAUCACAACCGGAGUGCACUCAGCCUUGAGCAGCCUGGCAAAAUCCCUUCUCUCUGGAAUGGACGCUGCAGACAACGAUUUGCUUGAUGAUACAAGGCAACAGAGACGUUGUGUACAAGGAACAACCUCACAAGUGUUUUACUCAGUAUUGCCAGUUCCAACUGGAUAUGACUUCUGAAGAAAUCAUUAGGAUCUGUAAACAUGAAUCCUUAUUCACAGAGUAUGGUUUAAUUGGUGACAUCAUCUGCACACUCAUGUCUCUGGCACUGGCUCUUGUGUGAAAAAUAAUUAUUAUGAACCCGAGGAAACAGCUGCUUUAAGUUGCGGCAUCUUGGACCGUGACUCUCAGAAACUAUAGCAUUUGUGUAUUCUUUGUUAAUUUACUUACACCCAAGAGAUCUGGAAGUAGCUAAUGGUCUCAGACUAUCAAAUAGUCACUUCCUGUGCACGUAACAGCCAAGGCUAGCAUUGGUUUGAUACUUUGAAUCUCAGAAACAUUUGUACUGCUUAGAUUCAUCAGGGUGGGGGUUAUUUGGUAAUUUACAAUGUAAAUGAAAGAAAGGGGUUAUUUUUUUCUGUACUAUUCAUGGCCAAUAAACGAGCAACUGCUAGGA